UAAUGGUUAAAACUGCGCGGCAAACGUGUGAAGAGCGCUGCUUAAUUGUAUCGCGCAUGUGCACAGAUUACCAAUUGUUCGUGUUUCGCCAGAAGCAGGGUUUGAGAUAAAUAAGUUUUUCCGCUUCUCGAACAGAGGGAUAAAGAGGCAGAACGAAGAGGGAGAGUUCUUUCAGUUUCUCAGUGGAAAACUGUGUUUUCCGUGUGCUGAGGGCCGGUGGCCGAGUGAUGCACGCAUAUGUCUAGGCUCGGGGGGACUCAGGUUCUAGCCACAGCACAAGUGAAGAGAACGGCCGCUGAUCACGCAGCGGUAUUAAAUUUUGGUGCUGCAAAACGCAGCAAGCUGUCCGCCGUUGCGGUCACAGAGAUCAACGAGAUUGAAAACAUGACGGACACAGCUGCAGCCACAACUGAUACUCAAAAGAGAGCCAAUUUCUCGGCUUUAACCGUUGGAAAUCCAAACGGCGUCAACAAGAUUUCACCAAGUUUGGCAAGCGCAAAACCUGGUACAGCUAGAAAACUCGUCAUCAAAAACUUCAAAAAUAAGCCAAAAUUGCCAGAAAAUUAUCAAGAGCAAACAUGGGAGAAAUUACAAGAAGCCGUAAUUGCAAUACAGACCAGUAAGAGUAUCCGUUAUUCAUUAGAAGAGCUUUAUCAGGCAGUAGAAAAUAUGUGUAAUCAUAAGAUGGCAUCUACAUUAUAUACAAAGUUAACAAGGUUAACAGAAGCUCAUGUGCAAGCAAAUAUAGAACAGUUUUUAGCAGAAUCAAUGGACAGACAUAUAUUCUUAAAAAAAAUGAAUGAGUGUUGGCAAUCGCAUUGUAGGCAAAUGAUUAUGAUUAGAAGGAUAUGGGCUUACAUUUGUUUAGAGUAUAUAUCGUGCUAAAUAAUUUAGUUCAAACACGUACAGUGGAAGGAUUACUUAUGCUUAUUGAAAAAGAGCGUCAAGGUGAUACAGUGGAUAGAACACUUCUUAAAUCAUUGUUACGAAUGUUAUCAGAUCUACAAAUCUACCAAGAUGCCUUUGAAACUAAAUUUUUGGUUGCCACUGAAAGAUUAUAUGCCGCUGAAGGUCAACGAUUAAUGAAUGAACAUGAUGUUCCUGAGUACUUAGCACAUGUGGAUAAACGGCUUCAAGAGGAAAAUGAACGUUUGUUACAUUAUCUCGAUGCAUCAACAAAGUGGUCAUUGAUACACACAGUGGAAAAGCAGUUAUUAUCUGAACAUAUUACUAGUAUUUUACAAAAAGGAUUAAGUGGUUUGUUGGAUGAAAAUAGAAUUAAUGAUUUAUCUUUACUUUAUAAUUUAUAUAGUCGAGUGAAAAACGGCCUUGUAGAACUUUGUUUAAAUUUUAAUUCUUAUAUUAAGAAAAAGGGUAAAACAAUAGUUAUAGAUCCUGAGAAAGAUAAAACUAUGGUUCAAGAACUUUUAGACUUUAAAGAUAAGAUGGAUAAUAUAGUUAAUACAUGUUUUCAUAAAAACGAAAAGUUUGCGAACAGUUUAAAAGAAGCUUUUGAAGCCUUUAUUAACCAACGUGCAAACAAACCUGCUGAAUUAAUAGCGAAAUUCGUUGAUUGCAAGUUAAGGGCGGGCAAUAAAGAAGCGACAGAAGAAGAAUUAGAGAGAUUAUUAGAUAAAAUCAUGGUAUUAUUUAGAUUUAUACAUGGAAAAGAUGUGUUUGAGGCAUUUUAUAAAAAAGAUUUGGCUAAACGUUUAUUAGUUGGUAAAUCAGCUUCUGUUGAUGCUGAAAAAUCCAUGUUAUCUAAAUUGAAACAAGAAUGUGGUGGUGGUUUUACCAGUAAAUUGGAAGGAAUGUUCAAAGAUAUGGAACUCAGCAAAGAUAUUAAUAUUGCUUUUAAACAGUAUGCGGGGAAUUUGCAAAGUGAAUUAUCUGCUAGUAAUUUGGAUUUAACUGUUUCAAUACUUACAAUGGGUUAUUGGCCGACAUAUCCUGUAAUGGAAGUAACAUUACCGCCAGAAAUGGUUCAAUAUCAAGAUGUAUUUAAUAAAUUUUAUUUGGGAAAACAUAGUGGUAGAAAAUUGCAAUGGCAACCUACUUUGGGACACUGUGUACUAAAAGCUUGGUUUAAUCAGGGUAAUAAAGAACUUCAAGUUUCAUUGUUUCAAGCAUUAGUAUUAAUUUUAUUUAAUGAUGCCGAUAACUUGUCUCUGGAGGAUAUAAAAGCAGCAACAAAUAUAGAAGAUGGUGAACUUAGAAGAACUUUACAAUCUUUAGCUUGUGGAAAAGCGAGAGUAUUACAAAAAAAUCCAAGGGGAAGAGAUGUUGCAGAUAAUGAUAGAUUUGUUUUUAAUGCAGAUUUUACAAAUAAAUUAUUCAGAAUUAAAAUAAAUCAAAUUCAAAUGAAAGAGACGAACGAGGAACAAAAAGCUACAGAGGAAAGAGUAUAUCAGGAUAGACAGUAUCAGAUAGAUGCAGCUAUUGUCAGAAUUAUGAAAAUGAGGAAAACACUUUCACACAAUUUGUUGAUUAGUGAAUUAUAUAAUCAGCUAAAGUUUCCUGUAAAGCCUGCAGAUUUAAAAAAGAGGAUUGAAUCUCUAAUAGAUAGGGAUUACAUGGAACGAGAUAAAGAUAAUGCAAAUGAGUACAAUUACGUUGCAUAACCUGAACCAAAUGCCAAAGUCAUUUUAGACUGGGUGGUCACUGUGUUUCAUAGCAAAAAAACCAAUUUGUUUUGGUGUUUGCCUAUUGUGAAUGUGACAUGUUAAAUAAGAAAAAAUGGAAAACUUAAAACUGAUUGAAUGUUGGUACAAUAUUGCAUCAUGUGGUCAGUUGAUUAAAAAAUUUAGAGUGGACACUAUUAAUUCAGGUUUUAUAGUGCGUAAUGAAUAUUGAACAAUUAAAAUCUUUUUUCAAAUAGUGCUUUAUCGUUGUUAUUCUUUUGUUUCUGAAUUUCGCUAAAAAAGGACCAUGUGCAAAAUACCAUAAAUAAUACAGCAUUUAAAAAAUAUAUCAAGAAUUUUUUAUGCAGAACAAUUUUUCACAGCAUAUGGAUUUAAGAAGAUAAGAUAAUAAGAAUAUUCUAAGAAUUAAAAAAAGAAGCGAUGAUUGAAAGUGAACAGGAAUGCGUUAUUUAUAAAAAAAUAGAAGAUAAUGUACUAUGAAUGUUGAACCUACUGAUCAUUGAAAUAAUUUUGAACAAGUGGAAAAUGCAUUAUAAAAUAAAGGUUCGUGUAUUGAAUAUAUUCAUUAUAUGAAAAAAUAUUUCAUUACCGAAUUUUAGAAAUGUUGAAAAGGAAAACAUAAGACACUACGGUAUGUGCAUAUUGAAAAAAUGAACGCCAAAAUAUUUGAAAAAAUCUUAUUAAGAAUAUAAUAUUAUGAAUUUCUAUAACAAAUUUUUGUACAUUACCUUAUAAUACAGAGUUUAUGAAUAAGAGAAAAUACACAAUUUGUACAAAUGAUGUCCAUUUUUGUCAAAACAAUAGGAAAGCAAUACACACGCGCGCGCGCACACACAC